AUGAAUCCAGACAGGAUGGGGAAGACAGGCUCUGGGGGUACCCGCAUGGGCAAGGCUGUGGCCCCCAAAGUUCUGCCACCCCUCUUGUACCAUCUGAAGCUUUGCUGGGCAACGAUGUCUGCGCCUCCACACAGCAAGCCCCUGCGGCUGGUUCCGGGCACCUGCCUGGACAGGACCAUGAGGGUGAAGUGCCUCCAUCCUGCAGCAGGGCCUUGGCAUAGGAAAGGGGGCCUGCUGAGGGGGCCUGAUGCACCAAGAGCGUGGCUGGGACCACCCCCUCCCAACACACACCUGUGCGCACACACACGAACUUCAGCCCUCCUCUCACGCCUGCUGUGGGGCAUUUUCCACAACCGGAUUAACUGGGAGACCGGGAAGGGAAUCCAGGGCAGGGAGCGGCCUCGAGAAACAGAUCAGAGCCCAGAGCCUAGCAGGUGUCCUCCUCCUCACCGUGACUGCAGGCCUGCUGGUGUACGCGCUCAGGUUCUCCAACGGCAGGUGGAAACCCCACUGCCUGUCCCCCAGCUCCGUCGGUGGAGUUGCAGCCCCCAUGAGACUGUAUUUGGGGACGGAGCUGUGAAGUCGGGAGGGCGGCCCCAACUCCGCAGGGCUGGUGUCCUUACAAGAAGAGCAGACACCGAGCUCAAGGCCCCGCCCCUGUGUGCAAGCUGA